AUGCAACUCAACACCCUCGUCUUCGCCCUCAUGGGCUUCUCUGCCGCCGUCGAGGCGUCUGCCAUCCACCGGCACCAGGACGGCCUCCUGGUCUCGAGGCAAUUUGGUGGCGGUGGUUUCGGAGGUGGCGGCUUCGGCGGUGGCGGCUUCGGCGGUGGCGGCGGCGGCUUCGGCGGCGGACAGGGCCAAGGCCAGGGUCAGGGUCAAGGACAACAAGGAGGGCAGGGACAACAGGGCCAGCAGGGCCAGCAAGGUCAACAGGGACAGCAAGGCCAGAAUGGACAACAAGACCAGAAUGGACAGCAGGGUCAGAACGGCCAGGAUGACCAGAACGGUCAGAACGGCGGCAACAACAACAACAACAACAACAACGGUGGAAACAACGGUGCUCAGUGUCUGCAGGCCGAUGCCGUCCAAGAUGGCUCGGCAUCAGAUGGACAGGAAGCAGGUGCCGAAGAGGGCCAGGCCGCCUCCAUCACGGAUGACAACAACUUCAUCAACUUCUGCUCCGGCAAGACCCUGACCAAUGGUCUUCAGAACAAGCAGGGAUCCUGCAACGGUAUUCCCAUGGGAGAGAUCCCAGCGCAGAACAACAUGGCCUCGACCAUCAUCACAAGCCCUGUGCCUGGCAAGGAGCCGCAGCCCAACGAGGACUUCGAUGUCAAUGUCCAGAUCGCAAACAUGGACCUGGGUACCUUCACCAACCCCGACAACACCUACUACUCUGCUCCCCAGCAGCUCGGAAACGGAGGCAACGUUAUUGGCCACACUCACGUCACCAUCCAGGACAUGGGUAACUCCAUCACCCCGAACCAGCCUCUGGAUGCCUCUCAGUUCGCCUUCUUCAAGGGUAUUAACGACGCGGGCAACGGCAACGGAGGUCUGAGCGCCACGGUUACUGGUGGUCUCCCAGCCGGUAACUACCGUGUCUGCACCAUGGCCGGUGCUUCCAACCACCAGCCUAUCCUCAUGCCUGUUGCUCAGCGUGGUGCCCAAGAUGACUGUGUGAGAAUUACCAUCGGCGGUGGCAACAACGGAGGCGGCAACAACAAUGGAGGCAACAACAACGGCGGCCAGGGCCAGAAUGGUCAACAGGGCCAGAACGGUCAGCAGGGCCAGAACGGUCAACAAGGCCAGAAUGGACAACAGGGCCAAGGCGGUCAACAAGGCCAAGGUGGUCGCGGUCAAGGAGGCCAACAAGGACAAGGUAAUUCCCAAUCCUCCCAGGGCGCUUCAUCCAGUUCCAACACCGACUCCAAUGCCUCCGAACAAGCUGGUGCCACUCCUUCAUCUGCCACUGCACCCUCCAAAACAUCAGGCUCCUCUUCCUCCGCUGGUAAAGCAAACAAAGGUCAAAAGGGACAGAAUGGUAACGCCCAACAGGCCGCGGAAGGCAAUAACUCAACCGCAUCCGCGAACGAGUCCGAAGGCAACGCUAAGAGCGGGUCCUCUUCCUCCUCCUCCUCCUCCUCCUCCUCGAGCGGAGGUGCCAUCGGUGGCAUCUCGGCCCCCGCGGUGACGGAUUCCGGCAACCCGGACCGGCCCUUCUCAGUCAACGGCAACACUUUCGUUAAUGAAGGCGCCGCUAUCCAGCGUGCCUGCGCUAUUCAAAACAACGCGUGCGCAGACGCCGUCAAUUCAGGAAAGGUCUCUGGCCAGACAGUCGGCGACUGCAACGCGCAGGAGCAGACGUGCAAUUCGAAAGGCGCAGCAUAG